AUGUUUGCACUCAGAUCAACUAUCGUGCGUUGCGGUUUACGUUCUUCCGCCAAUCGUUCUGUUCCUCUAGUCGGACUCCGUGCAGAAAGCCCACUUUUAUCUGCAGUUAGAUUUAAUUCUUCAGAAUCAGGUGAGUCUAAAACUUCACAAAUCUUACAUAACAUCGAGAAUAUCAUUGAUUCUGAAGAACGUAAGAUUGAUGACAAACUAGGUUUUGAUGAAGACCUACUUGCCAAACAGGAACUGUUGUCACAAACCGACCUAACAAGCGAUCAGUUAGGAUAUUUGAAAUCCGUUGGUUUGGUUGAUGGCUGGUGGCCAAGUGAUCUGAUCCAACAGUCUCUUGAAUAUGUACAUGUCUUCAGUGGACUGCCAUGGUGGGCAACUAUAGCUGUCACCACAAUAGGUUUCAGGCUUUUACUAUUUCCCCUAUUUAUGAAAUCGUCUGACACUAUGGCUAGAUCGCAAGCCAUUAUGCCUGAAACUAAAAAAAUAAGAAAGGAAAUGACCCACGCAAUGUCUGUUGGUGAUAGAGCUUUACAACAAAGGAAACAGCUUGAAUUAAGAGUUUUAAAUCAGAAAAAUGGUGUCAAGUAUUCAAGGAUGUUUUUAUCUCCAGUUACCCAAAUGGUUUACUCUGUUGGUUCUUUCUUUGGUAUUAGAGAAAUGGCCAACUUACCUGUUGAUGGUUUAACAACUCAAGGUACUUUAUGGUUCGAAAAUUUGGCAAAUCCAGAUCCUUAUAUUGGUUUACAUUUGAUAUCCGCAUCAUUGUAUUCCAUUGCCUUCAAAUUUGGUGGGGAUACAGGUAAUGCACAGUUUGGUGGUACAAUGAAAAAGGUGUUUAUGGUUUUGCCGUUUGCUUCGAUUGCUUUCACGUUCAAUAUGAGUGCGGCAGUUAUGGUGUACUUUAGUGCUAAUGGUCUAUGUUCUAUUAUCCAAUCACAAUUAUUAAGAAACGCAUCAUUCAGAAAGAUGACCGGCAUGUACCCAUUACCAAGCAAAGAGCAGCAAGCCAAGAUUCAGCAGAAGGGUGUUCUCGACAACUUCAACGAAACUUGGAAAGAAAUGCAAGAAAACAAUAAAAUUCGGGCAGCAAAAGAGGAGGAAGCAAUGAAAGGCGUUGAAAUGGCACGCAAACAAGCAACUUCUAAUAGAGUCAUUAUUAAGUCCAAGAAGACAAAGAAGAACUGA